GGGGAGACCUUGGCGAGGCGGUGAAGGCUUUGAGCGGAGGUGAAAGGUAGGCAAGCGCGAGCCGAGCAGCAAAAUGCAGAGCUGGAGCCGUGUGUCCUGCUCCUUGGUCAAGAGAGGCCAUUUCGGUAGAAUUUCUCAUGGCCUGCCUGGAGUCUCCUCUGUGCCUCUCAGAACUUAUGCAGAUCAGCCAAUUGAUGCUGAUGUGACAGUGAUCGGUUCUGGUCCUGGAGGAUAUGUUGCUGCUAUUAAAGCUGCCCAGUUAGGCUUCAAGACAGUCUGCGUUGAGAAAAAUGAAACUCUUGGUGGAACAUGCUUGAAUGUUGGUUGUAUUCCUUCUAAGGCUUUAUUAAAUAACUCUCAUUAUUACCAUAUGGUUCAUGGAAAAGAUUUCGCAUCUAGAGGCAUUGAAGUGCCUGAAGUUCGCUUGAAUUUAGAUAAAAUGAUGGAGCAGAAGAGCAUGGCAGUAAAAGCUUUAACAGGUGGAAUUGCUCACUUAUUCAAACAGAACAAGGUUGUUCAUGUUAAUGGAUUUGGAAAGAUAACUGGCAAAAAUCAGGUGACCGCUACUAAAGCUGAUGGCAGCACUCAAGUUAUUGAUACAAAGAACAUCCUUAUAGCUACUGGUUCAGAAGUCACUCCUUUUCCUGGGAUCACGAUUGAUGAAGAUACAAUAGUAUCAUCUACUGGUGCUUUAUCAUUAAAAAAGGUUCCAGAAAAGAUGGUUGUCAUUGGUGCAGGAGUAAUAGGUGUAGAAUUGGGUUCAGUUUGGCAGAGACUUGGUGCAGAUGUGACAGCUGUUGAGUUUUUGGGUCAUGUUGGUGGAAUUGGAAUUGAUAUGGAGAUAUCUAAAAAUUUUCAACGCAUCCUUCAGAAACAAGGAUUUAAAUUUAAGUUGAAUACAAAGGUAACUGGUGCUACCAAGAAGUCAGAUGGAAAAAUAGAUGUUUCUAUUGAAUCUGCUUCUGGUGAUAAAUCUGAAGUUAUCAGUUGUGAUGUACUCUUGGUUUGCAUUGGCCGACGACCUUUUACUCAGAAUUUGGGACUAGAAGCAAUUGGAAUUGAACUUGAUCCUCGAGGCAGAAUUCCAGUCAACACAAGAUUCCAAACUAAAAUUCCAAAUAUCUAUGCUAUUGGUGAUGUGGUUGCUGGCCCAAUGCUGGCUCACAAAGCAGAGGAUGAAGGCAUCAUCUGUGUGGAAGGAAUGGCUGGUGGUGCAGUGCACAUUGAUUACAAUUGUGUGCCAUCAGUGAUUUACACACACCCUGAAGUUGCUUGGGUUGGCAAAUCAGAAGAACAGUUGAAAGAAGAGGGUAUUGAGUACAAAGUGGGAAAAUUUCCCUUUGCUGCUAAUAGCAGAGCCAAGACAAAUGCUGACACAGAUGGCAUGGUGAAGAUCCUUGGGCAGAAAUCAACAGACAGAGUAUUGGGAGCACAUAUUCUAGGACCAGGUGCUGGUGAAAUGGUAAAUGAAGCUGCUCUUGCUUUGGAAUAUGGGGCAUCUUGUGAAGAUAUAGCUCGAGUCUGUCAUGCACAUCCGACAUUAUCAGAAGCUUUCAGAGAAGCAAAUCUGGCUGCAUCAUUUGGCAAACCAAUCAACUUUUAAAAUUAGUAGAAAACUAUAUGAAACUUCCUGUGAGCUUUUAUAGAGGCCAUGUUUCUGAACAGGAAAUUGCAAACAGCUUCAAAAAUUUCCAGGACUGAAUUAUAAAACUGUUGGAAAGUGUUUAAUAGGCUUGGACAGACGGAAUAAUCUCAUCUAUAUUUUAAAUAAAUUUAAAUAUUUUUUUCAGUACAUUAGUAAUGCAGGAAAUUUUUGAAAAUUUUCGUCACCCCAUAUUUUCAUGCUGCUUAUGAUCAACUCAUCUUCACUGAAUUUAUGUUAAGUAACUUUAAUCUGCUAUAAUGGACAGAAGGAUGGAGAUACACAUGGAUGGGACUGGAGAAUGGUUUGUAAACGGCUGUGUUUGAAGCAAGGCGAUUAUAUUAUUUUAAACUUGGUUUUCAUAUUGGAAACAAAGUCGGUCAUUAGAGUACUAUAUCCAGAUAUGUAUAAACUGAACUGGUGUAAAUAAAAAUGGUCUCAUUUGUUUUAAACUGCAAGAAUUGGGGAAUUAAAUGAAAGAAUUGGUCUUUUAGGUUUCUGCAGUCUGUAGUUACACAAGUAUAUCUGUGAAAUUCAAAUAGAUGGAUUCUCAAAUGUGUUACAGUGGGAAAUGAAGUUAUGAAAAUAAAUAUGUAUUAAAUAUUCAUUUUUACUAGUUAUUAUGAAUGCUGGUUCUAGUUUCCUUAUGACUGCUUCUGUAUAUCUUAUUUAUUGCUCUAUAGGCCUGAAUCUUUUUCACUUUGGAGGACAAUUUAAGGCAUCUAAAAGGUCAUUUGCCCUUUCAUCUAUUUCAGUAAUUCAUACUCAGUUUUAAGCAUAAACUAUUAGAAAUAUUGUAAAAGGGAAUCUUAAAGAUUUCUAGUGUAUCUUUUUGCAGGGCAAAUGAUUACUUCAAGAGUAUAUAGGGUUGUAUGUAUUAAUGGAUGUUUAAAACGAUCAUUUCAUGAAA